UUGUAGAUGCGUCCGAGUAAUCACUGAUUCCUGCUUUCUGUGUUCAGGCCAUUGAACAUGCUGCACAUGUGUACGACACAUGCCAAGGCGUCUUGCCUUCAACUGUUUGUUCUUUUUUUGUGGCAAGGGGCUGAAUUUUCCCAGUCUCUUGUGACAGGAGCUACGUUCCCAGUUCAAACCAGGUGGGCCAAGAUAUGUGGCUGCACUGUGACUACUCAUACUUCAGUGUGGCUUUGAAGCUGCAGGCAAUAUGAGAAGAUUAUGGACAUCCAAAACAGAUAUAUUUUCUUUCAGCACAUGAAGGAGGAAAAUAAGGAUUCAUGUUUUGCAAGUGUUUGAAGAAGAUUUACAACCAGCUUAAAUGGUCAGAUGCUAAAAAGGCUCUUUAAAGGACAGUCGGAUCGCACACAGAGUCACACUUUUCUGACUUUUCAGCAAUCUGUCCGAGAUGGAGCAGCAUCUCUUCAUAUUCCUGUUUUUUACAGGAUUUGCCCCACUGAUCCAGUCUGUCCCUCGUAAGUACUAUCUGAUCCGGGAAGGAAAAACAUGGAGUGAUGCACAAACUUAUUGCCGAGCCACACACACAGACCUGGCUACCAUCGAAACCAGUGAUGAAAUGAUCAAACUUCAGAAUGUAGCACAGACCCAGUCUUUUACUUCUGAUGCUUGGAUUGGGCUGUACUUUGAUUUUAACGUUGACUGGCGCUGGUCCUUUGCAAAUGAAUCACUUGGAACUAUGACAAAUUGGUGCAGCUACAAUACAGCUUAUACGUGUGUUUUGGCUACCCCAACGUGUUGGGAUAUUCAUCCAUGUGAAUGUACACAUCCAUUUAUGUGUUUUGAUGAAAGAUUCACUGGUUCUGCUAGAUACAUUUACAACUCUACCUAUAUGACUUGGUUUGAUGCUCAGAAUUACUGCAGAACAUUUCACACCGAUCUGGCGAGUGCGAGAGGCGCAACAGAAGACUCGUUUAUCCGGGGAAAACUCACUCAAGCUGCUUGGAUUGGCCUAUACAGUGGAUCCUGGAAGUGGGCAGACCAGACAGUCUUCAACACUAUUAAGUGGAUGCCUGGACAACCAAGUAACCUGCUAAUUGAAAACUGCACUUCUGUACUUAAUGGCCAGGCUUUGAAUUACAACUGCUUCUUUGUUAAGUCUUCCUUUUGUUACAGAAUAAUCACAGGUCAACUACAAAUCAUAAAGCUUAAGGUUCAGUCCAGCGAAGAUGUAAAUAAUUAUGCAACAAUGGCGGCACUCUUGGAGAAGAUCAAGCAGAAGCUGAUUGAGCUUGGCCUGCAAAGUAACAUUAAGCUGAAAUGGAGGAAGCAACCAAAUGGAUUGGUGUUUCACAAAAAGAUAGAUUAGACUUUUAUGUUAGCUAUCUUAUAAACUGCAUUAGAUACUUAUUUUGAAUGUUGAUUAUGAUAACCCUUUACUGUAAGGUGUUACCAUGCAGCACUGCAUUUCUUUUUACAU